CUCGACACAAGCAGCAAAAUGGCUUUCCUGACUUACGUUUACAUCGUCGCUGCCUUCUUGGUGGCCAAUUCUAUGCAGGCGAACUACCAGCCUUGCGCUACUGGACCAAUCCCGAAGAACGUGAACAUCAUUGGAUGCAACACCCUUCCCUGCAACUUCAAGAGGGGUUCCUUUGCCGAAGCUGCUAUCGCGUUCACCGUUGCCGACAACACAAAGACCCUGCGGCCAGUGGUUGAUGUCCAACUUGGAAACACCAACAUCAAGUACCCUCUGCCCGAACAGAACGCUUGCAAGAAUCUUGUGGACGGUCAGUGCCCGUUGGACAAGGGUGAGGUUGUCACCUACAAGCUGAAGAUGCCGAUCGAGAAGAUCUACCCGAAGAUCUCCCUGACCAUUCAGCUGACUCUGGUCGGUGAUCACGACACGCCUCAUGUCUGCCUCAGGAUCCCCGCAAUGGUGGUCGACUAAACGACUAAUCGAUUCCUUUCUGGGUUUAACGAAACGAAAUAUGGUCUAACUAAUUUUGUAAUGUCCAUCCUUUUGAAUACAAGUUAAUCAUUAUAUCUAA